UUGGAAAGCUACCGUUUCAUCCUCGCCUCCACGCACCACCAACACAACUGCUCCUUCAUCUCAAGCAACCACCCUUAAUGUUACCACCUCACCUCCACUCACCACGGUAUCAGCUAAUAACAAGUCAGAAGCUACUACCAAUGGCACAGACAUCCCAGCUCCUGCCCCCAUACCUCCACUCACCUCUACAUCCCUCAACUCAACCUCCUCAUUUCAGUCUAACAUGACUACAGCACCGUUCGCCACCACUUCUCCUACAAGCAUCUCAAACACAACCACUCCUCCUACAACCACUUCAUCCACCCUCCAACCAACCUCUCUAACAGACAGAACUCAAAACCAGACCUCACCUCCAGUCACCACGGAGGAAACCACCACCAAAGACUCAACACGUCCAGAGUGUUCUUACACUGUUACACCCAUCAAGUUUGGUUUAAAGAUUACAGUGAUGAACUUCACCACUGGAAACUACAACAUCAAUAUUUCUGAAGUAAACGGAUCAGAGACAAAGACGUACAACCUUCAAAACUCAUCUCUUGAAAUCAAACACCUGAAGCCCUGUACUGACUAUGAGCAUAGAGUUACUUUCAUUGACAGUGAUGGAAGUGAAACACUCUGUGACUCUGGCCAAGAUGUGACUGGAACAUCUACAUUGAGUGAAGGUGACAUUAAAGUUGUCAGCUGCAUGUCUGGAUAUGUUUGUUACCAAAGUGACUGGAACAUCAGCUCUUCACUGUCAACACCAGAUAAGAUUCAAUGCAACAGAGAAACACAAAGUAAAACAUGGUGUGUCAAAGGUGGUAACGAGGACAUUUGCUCAGAUUUUACUUCAACCUUCACGUGUGGGAGCUCUUCUUUUAGUCGCACCACAUUCAUCUCUCUUGAUUUCUUAGAUCCAAGUGACAUAAAUCAGACUCCUCCCACUGGACUUCCUGCAGAAAUUAAACCAGUGUUUCCACCAAAGUGUCAGAGUCUCACUGUUGAUUACACCUGUUCAGAAAAUGGAAAAGUCAACGACUACAGGAAACUGUCUGAGCUGGAGCCCUUCACAGAAUACAACUGUACUGGUCAGAUCAAGAAGAACAACGUCUUCAUAAAUAAAACAACUCCACCCAUUAGUGUUUAUAUCAAGUGUGGUUUUAAAAUAACCACUGUGAGCAAAAACCCAACUCAAACGUCCAUUGAGCUGAGCUGGACAACAACUAGUGACAACUGUCAACGUGUCCUCCACACAGAGAAGCUUUCUCAUGAGUGUAGCUGUCAUGAAACCUACAAUCGUCAACCUACUCAAAUCGUCACAAAUCCAGGCCGUGAUGGAGGGAGAUGUACGUUUACUGGAUUAAAACCAUUCACUGAUUAUACCUGUGAAGUCAAACCCAUCUACAACAACAAGGAAGUCGGUCAAGGACAAGUGGUUGUAGUGAAAACUGAGCCUGGAAUACCAGCAGAUAUUGGAGAGAAAUUGUCUGUGUCUCAACCAGAGAAUAAUGUGAUUAUAGUGACCUGUAAAUAUUUUGGUCCUUUCAAUGGACCUGAGAGGAAAUACAGAGCACGUCUUAAUGAUGGUGACCUGUUUGAGAAGGACAAAUGUGAGUUUGAAUUCAGAGAUCUGAGCUACUCUACAAACUACGAAGUGAAGGUUAGUAUAAUAUUACUGUUUGGUUUCACUAGAAUAUGAUCAUUUCAGUCCUUUAUUAUUAAUGAACUUUCUGUCUUUUCAGGUGACUGUCUC